AUGUCUCCUAGCGUUAUUUUGCACUGGUACCCUGAAUCACUCUUCGCCCAAAAGAUUGCAUGGGAUCUCAACUACAAGAAGGUUGAUUACAAGACAGUCUUGAUCAACAUGAUUGAGCCUCGUCCUCUACGCAGACCGCUUGAUGGUGGCUACCGUAAAACUCCAAUUCUCCAAAUCAAUAACCACAUCUUUUGUGAUACAAAGGUGAUUAUUGCUGAACUUGAGAAAAGAUACCCUGAACCCUCAUUUUAUCCCGCUACCCGAUCGGGACAGGCCACAGAAGCUCUUUGUAAGGCCUUUAGCCAAUGGACCGACAGUACACUACUUUUCGCACUCGUCUCUCAAUGCGGUUCCAUGAAGCUCCCAGAGGGUUUUGCAAAUGACCGGGCUGCUUACCUUGGAAAAGAAAUUGACUUUGCCCAAAUGGCUGAAAUUGCUCCUUUUUUGAAACUUGAGAUCCAGGCUCAAUUCGAGGUUGCCGAGCAACUGCUCUUGGAGAACGACCAAGGUAGCAAAGAAUGGGUUUUGGGUACCCAGCUUCCUUCAAUGGCAGAUUUCCAUUUUGCGACCGAUACUAUGUUUGCUGGAGGACUUAUGGGCGAGACUUGGCUAAAGGAAAAUUUCCCUAAGCUUGCGGCACACAAGGCUCGUGUUCUCAAUAUUGGAAACUAUGAGAGGAUCAAAAGUAUGCCAAGCAUUUCUGCAGAAGAGGCACUUGAAAUUGCUAAGAAGGAAGGUCUGGAGUUUGAGGGAGAGGUUAAGCCAACUGGGACUUCCUUGAAGACUGACAUGCUUGUGUCUGUUACUCCGGUAGACACUGGGAAGAUCCCUGUAGUUGGAUCACUUGUGCAUUUGACAAGCCAGGAAGUUGUCUUAAAACAUAUCGAUCAGGAAUCAUCUCUAGAAGUUUUUAUUCAUUUCCCUGUUAUUGGAUUUGCCAUUGUUCCUGUUCCUGUUCCAGCUGACCUUUAG